AUGGAUACACAAUCUAGUCAGGUGGAAAGGGCUGAACCCAAAUAUGGAGCAAUGGAUUCGGAUUCCGCACUACCUGAGGACGACAUUCGAGAAAAUACAAAUGACACAGAUCCUCCUCCUGACGGCGGAGUUCGUGCAUGGAGCCAGGUCUUCGCUGGACAUCUCAUCGUCGCGAUUGCCUGGGGCUACCCCUCAAGCUUUGGCGUCUUCCAGACUUACUAUGAACAUGCCCUGCCGUAUUCGCCCUCUGAUAUAUCCUGGAUCGGAGGAGUGCAGGUCUUCGCUAUCCUGUUUAUAUCCGCGGUCUCCGGCAGAGCGACAGAUGCCGGACUCGCUCGCCCUAUUGUGUUCCUUGGUUCAGUCAUUAUACUUAUCGGCACUUUUACCACGAGCUUAGCAACAGAAUACUGGCAAAUCUUCCUCGCGCAGGGCCUUUGUGUUGGAAUCGGCCUAGGGUUGAUAUGGUUACCAAGCAUUACGCUGAUCUCACACUAUUUUGUCCGGAAGAGAGUCCUUGCUCUUACGACUGCAGCUACUGGUACAAGCACGGGAGGAAUGAUAUUUCCAGCGAUGAUUCAAUAUCUCACACCAAAGAUUGGUUUUCCAUGGGCGGUCCGGUGCAUGGCCUUCGUGGUAUUUUUCAUGCUUAUCAUAAUCAACCUCCUCCUACGAACGCGUCUACCACCUCGCAAGUCAGGACCUCUUGUGGAAUGGGGUGCUUUCAAAGAGCCUCCUUACGUUCUUUUUACGUUCGGCGUCUUCCUCCUUUACUGGACUCUUUACUUCGCUUUCUUUUAUAUCCAAGUAUACGCCACAGAAAAGCUUGGCUUUGACGAGACAACCAGCGUGAACUUACUCAUCAUCAUCAACGGUGCCGGUAUACCUGCUCGCAUUCCCUGUGGCUAUCUAGCAGACCGUUACCUCGGCCCCCUCAAUGUUCUGAUACCCUGGGUUGCCCUUUGCGGCGUCCUCAUGUUCUGCUGGGCUGCGGUGCAUAAUACUGCCGGUCUUUAUGCCUUUGCCAUCUUCUAUGGCGUCGCUUCAGCCGCCGCAAUGGGACUCUUCGCUGGCACGGUCCCUUCGUUGACAAAGGAUAUGAGCAAGAUUGGGACACGUGUGGGCAUGAUUUUGACGCUGAUGAGUGUCGGUCCUUUGACGGGGCCAUCGGUAGCAGGUGCCCUCAUCGCGGGAACAGGUGGUGGCUAUCUGGCACCCCAGAUCUGGGCUGGAUCCGCCCUGUUCUUGGGCGCAGGAUCCCUCGUGGCUGCUAGAGUGUGGACUUCGGGAUGGCAUUUAAAAGUCAAAAUAUAG